AUGGAGUACCUCCAACCAACCCAUCUUUAUACCCGUAUACUGGAAAAUGUGCCUUGGAAGUCUGGCGAUCCGAGUGUCAAGGGUGAUCCGAGGAAAAGUGUCAAAUGGAUUGAUGGCCUGAGAGGAAUUGCUUCAUUCCUCGUCGUUCUAACACAUCUUGCGCGAGCCUGGGAUUACGAUUUGUUCUCCCCUCGCGACGAUGUCGAUACCCCUCCCCGCAUUCUCCAGUGGCCUGUCUUCCGAAUCCCCUGGCAAGGCCGUCUCGGAGUCACAAUCUUCGCUUUCCUGACAGGUUACGUUUGUGCCCUAAAGCCCAUCAAACAGCGCCGAAAUGGAGAUCUUCUAGGCUCUUUCACCUCCGUCGCAAAAAGUGCAUUCCGUCGCCCACCGCGUCUUAUCUUCCCAGCCACCAUUGCCCUGAUCAUCUCAUGGGCUAUGGCCCAGUUUGGCGCUUUCGUCGUAGCUAACCGCUCUGACUGCUGGUGGUGCCGAUAUGCUGCGCCCGAUCUUGCACCCACUUUCUGGGAGGAGUUCUGUCGCUUGUUCCAGAAUUUCCUUGGUGUUUGGACUACAGGCUAUAUGGCAUACGACGAUCACCAAUGGGCUCUGCUACCACUCCUGCAGUCAUCAAUGCUGAUUUACAUCCUGCUCUGCGCAACUAUGUUCGUCAAGUUUCGUUGGCGCUUGGCCAUCUACCUGGGAAUGACCCUGUACUUCCACCAGGACACGGCCCCUAACACAGAAACAAUGCAAAUGCAAGCUAUCUACGGCAUGUUCCUCAGCGAUCUUUCCUACGAGGUAGCGUUCAAAGAGUUCAUCGAGAACCACAAAUGGUUCCGCAGAACCAUCUCGGCAACAUUUGUCAUCGUCGGCCUCUUCAUCUGCUCAUACCCAGGCGAACACCCCGAGUGGGCCGUCUGGUCAGACUACAUGUUCAAAGCAGCCCACUACAUCUUCCCCCCAGAAGUAAACAUCGGCAAGCGCUACUCGGCCAUCGGAGUCGACCUAAUCAUUUUCGCUAUCUUCAUCUCUCCCUCAACGAAGGACUUCCUCUCAAACCGCCUCCUCCUCUGGCUAGGCAAGCAGAGUUUCGCCGUCUAUCUCGUGCACGGCACUCUCCUCCGUACAGUCUUGUGCUGGAUGCUCUACGGUAUCACCGGUCAACCAUGGGAUGGCGAGCCUGUCGAUGGCAACGGCGCGCCACUGCUAGACGAUAACGGCGAACCACUCCACCCACACUGGCUGCCCAUCCGCGCACCAUGGGUCGUUGGAAUUUCCAUCCCAACCUGGAUCGCAAUCGUGUACGCCUGCGCUGUGGCGUGGACAACGUACGUCGACCCAUUCUGUGCUCGAAUGACGCAUAAAUUGGAGAAGUUGGUGUUUGAGGAGGACGAAAAGUCUCCUGAAGCUCUUCCUCUGACCACUUUGCCUAUGUCUACUGUUUAA